AGGCCGUCGUUCUCCUCUGAGUCAAAUUGACAACCCGUUAUCCUUAGCUCUAUGACAAUAGAGUUUCAAUUUGAAAGUCCAGUUUAGAAUGUCGAUGUAGUUCCACAAGCGGUAGGAGUUUAUACAUGCCCCCUUUCUUUUCUUGAUUUGUUUCCCCCACGAUGAAAAAAGCUUAAAGCUAUAUAUAGUUUCACAGAAGAAAAAAAUCUCUAAACACGAUGAUGAGUAUGAGGGCAAAGAUACAUGACCCGGGCACCACGACCAGAGCAAGGGGCUUCCGCUUCCACGCCUGCAUAAUUUCUAGUCUGGUCCCUUCCUUAGUGGGCGCGUUUUUGAUCUCGGAAAAUAAGCAAGAAAGUGGAAAUAAAGCGAAAACCACCGAGGAAAUAAGCGAUCAUGGCGUCGACGAGUGGGUACAGCAAAAGGAGGCAGAGGGGGAAGGGUGGCGGAAGAACAACUGGGUGACCUUUAAGGACGAGGUUUGCAAGGGGCACGACGUGCUGACGAUCGAAGCAGCGGAAUGCAAGUGCCCCUUCGGGACGGGUUACAUCGGCGAGAUUUCGUGGCCGGACUACUCCUUCACGCCGAACACACCUUGCGCUUUGGCGUCCACUCGCAAGGAGUGCGAAGAAUUCGCGGCCGAGAAAGGAAGUAGUAGUACAAGUUUUGGGGCAGCAGCAGGAGCAGCACACCAGCACACAGCGACCGGUGGCUCCUCUGUGGACUGGGAAUGCGAGUGGGUUCCCUUUGCCUACAGCCAAGACGACGCACCGCUGAAGUACGGCGCCUGCGUGUCGCACGGACCCAACCACCCGAAAGACGAGAUCGCCCCCGGCGUGAUUCUACUGGGUUGGUGCUUUGUCUCCGGGUACGUCCUCCACGCCUCCGGGCCCUACUUGUGGCUGCGCUUGCUGUUUCGGCGGACCACACGGCAUUUGUUGAAUGCCGUUGGAGUUAUCGGUGUGCUCGUGCCUCUAUUGCUUUACCUGGUCAAGCCCAACGCCCAGGAGGAGCGCCCUGCGGCGGCCUGUGCGUCCUCGUAUGGGAUGCCGAGCGUGCAUUCGUCGGUGGCGACGGCAUUGAUGACCCUGUACCUGCUGCAGCUCGCCUACGCCACGGACCGGGCGUCGGUCCGGAUUCCCGGCGCCUUUGAGAACGGGGAAAGAAGGAACAAGCGUGCAGGAGGGGGUGACCUUGAGCGCGGUGGGGGCGAUGAAGUUGACAAUACGAUGAUCCUUCCGGAGCGACGCAGACACCUGGGCAACGAAACGUGUUUACUACAGUGCGCCCAGAACAUCUAUUUCCAAACGACGCAGUUGUGCAAAUCUCUGCUGUCGUCUUUCGGCAAGUGCUGCUUUUACUCCGAUGAGUACGAGUAUUCCCACGGCGAGGCGGUCUUCUGGGCCGGGUUUCUGGUUUUGCUGUGGUUUCCGGUCGGGCCCUGUCGCGUGGUGUUGCGGGACCACAGUGUGUCGCAGACGCUGGUUGGGAGUUUCAUCGGCUGCUUCUUCUCCAUAGUGUGGUUCCAGGUCACCCGCGCGCUGGAAAGCUGGUUGCUGCCCUGGAUCGGGAGAACCUAUCUUUUCGUAUCCAAAGGAAAAAUCCCCCCUCCCCAUAUCGAAGAGUUAUGUUUCCGAAAAUUUGUGUUGCUGAUUUGAGGUCACAAAUCACAUUUGUCCUGCAAGAAGACAAGGGCAGAACCUUCCGCCCCAUUAUGGAAGCGAUUUGUCAUGCUGUUGGGCCUAAAAGUGAGCCGUUUGUCGUGCUGAGCAACUAGACCCAUACGCCCCUACCUAGCCGGGGGAUCUGGCCGUAAUGCCUCUCUGCAAUACAAACCUGAUUUGUGUACGCAAAUCCUAGAUCGCUGCCACGCGGAGCCACCCCCGUAUUUCACCCCCAGGGGGUUGCGGACCUGGCAAAGCCGAUGAGUUCGGGCUGCUGACUGUUCCACCUUCCCUAAGUGUGAUCACUGCCGCCUCACGCCUCACAAAUCCAGCAUCAGAAAUUCCGUUUUGAUAUGGGGAGGGGGGAUUUUUCCUUUUGAUAUUUCGGGCUGUUUUCCCACGAUUUGGCGCCGCCCUUCUACAAGUUCCGGUACGCGGUGAAAGCGGAACACGUGCCGGAAUUCGAGCGGGUGAAGAAAUUGAACCUGCCCGAGGGCCACGAAAAAAAGAUUCGUUUGCAGCAGCUGCACCGUUUAGCAGCGGAAAGGAUCAUUCGGCAGCUAAAUUUCUACCGAACCAACCGCGAACUGCAGCACGAGAUGGCACUGAGCUCCGCGGGAAACGGGCGGAUUGGUGGCGACGAGGAAGUCUUGAAGCGGCGUGCGAAGGUGCAGGAGGUCAUUGAUCUGCAGCAAGAAGUUGCGGACGUCGUUGGGUUGAAUUUGAAGGACGUCCUGUUUCGCAUUCAGAAGGGAACAACUGGUGCACAAGUCGGAAGUGCUGCUGCUAUGUUGACGGGGGAAGGAGCAGGUACCAGAGGAUCCACUGUACCAGCGGAGCAGCAGUACCGAGCGCGUCCGUCCGCGGCUGAAGCGGAGCAAGGGGGAGGUGCUGUGAACUCCGACGGUUUUCUCGUCACUGCUUUCGCCGGAGGGGAGAGUGGAGAUGUCGAGGGCACGACCGGAGGGGGCAACGCAGUACAACAGCCCCUGUUGGCCAGUGCCAAGAGAAGCACAAACGCAGACGCCCGCAUAACAACGGGCAUUUAUCCGGCAGGCGCUGGAAAAACCAAAACUUCCGUGGGAGGCGCAGGAAGUAGUGCGGCUUGAGCAUCUCCAGGGGCACAACUACAAAGUACAGAGGGCGAAUCGUAGAAGGCCCGAAAAUGGAAAUCAUCGACUAUUCUGUUCUGAAGAUGACGGCGUAGAAAAUUACGUACGAGUACAUUUAGAACGUAAGUAGCUUUUCGCAAAACUUGAUUUAGUUCAAGUUCACUGCCUAUGUUUUUAUCGCAACCUUAUACCCCCGUACACUAAACAUUUCACGCCUAAUAUACCAGCUAGCACUAAAUACACGAAUAGGAACCUCGACUCUAGACAGAUUGUAGGCAAGAGCGUUUUUCUAUUUCUUUUUUCUCUUGUUUAGAAAGUUGAAGUAAUCGAUCCUCGCCUUUUCGUCCGUUUCUUUUGGUCAUGAAGGUCGUUCUGUACCCCAGAAGACUUUCAGCAGUAGAGCAAGCUUGACCGCGAAAUUCAAAUUUUGUGAUGGACCGGCAAGCUGCAAUAGUAUCGAAAGAAG